GAUAAAUUCAUUGGACACAUCUUUAGAACUUAUAAUUGUACUAAACUCUGGGAUUGUAUUCUUCAAAUAUUUCUCUAGACUGGGCAUAGCAUUAUCCACUAUAGCACAACUCUUAUUUAUGCGUUAAAUUUAAAUUAAAUUUUCUUUGAACCAAAAAAUUUAAACAAGCUACUUAAAAGUCCUAAGCAUGGCAAGGAAAAAUAGAACUAUAGGCAGCGAUCAUGUUGAUAUUGAAAAUGGAAUACUAUAUGGUGUUAUAAAACAAAUACGAGCGAAAGAUCUGGAGUCAUUUAGAAGUAACACGGCAUCAUUGGUCAAUGUUUGGUGCUGUCAAAUACAGCCAUCUCAAACUCAACUUUUGGCAGCCGCUAUUAGAGAUCAUAUCAAUUCUAAGGAUGAGGUUAGCUUAGUCCAUCUCAAACGUUUCCUAAAGGAGGAAGACGAAUCAGGGAAUGUUUUUUUAAAGGCGAUCAUAUGUUCCACAGAGUAUUUAACUACAAGAAGUGAAGUUGAAAAUUUUCUUACAUUACAUUUACAUACCACAAUAUCUGAUAUUUAUAUUAUAGAGGUACCAAAGUUUCCCGCUUCUACAAAAGAAAUCUCUGAUGAUUGGUCUGAAAAGUAUUGGCCAAUGUCAUGGAAAGGCAAUCCAAACCACCAAUUUUUGAAUUCAGUAAACUUUAAUAUGAAGUUUGAAAGAGAAAUUGUAUCACAGUUAAUUGAAGAGUAUCGUCAAUCAAAAGAUUUUCCGACACUGGUAACAAUUAUAGUCAAAGAAACGAAAAACCAAGAGGGUGAAAUACUUGCUGUAGUCCGUGGUGGCAACUGUAAUAAUCCCUUUGAACAUAGUAUUAUGAAGGGUAUUGAUUUUGUUUCUAAAUCAGAACAACAAAGAAGAAAACACUCAAUUCAUGAAACAAGUGAUCCAUCCAAUUAUCUCUGCCAUAAUUUGUGGUUCUAUGUAUCACAUGAACCCUGUGUAAUGUGCUCCAUGGCCCUUGUACAUUCUAGGAUUGGGAGAGUGACUUUUCUAGAAUCAUCACCAUCUUCUGGUGGUUUAGAAUCAUAUUAUCAAUUAGGCGAUAGGGAUGGUUUAAAUUGGAAAUUUCAAAUAUGGAAGUGGAUUGAUGAAAAUGAUAUUAAUGUGAUUAACAAAAUCUAUAAGUCACCGACUCCAAUUAAUUAUUAAUGAUUAGUCGAGACGUAAGUGAUUUUCUAAUUUAUUACAACUUUCAAUUGAUUCAUUUGUCAAACUAUCAACCUUUUCUAUACUUUUUGCAUAUCUAAGAUCAUUUAAUUCAUCGACUAUCUCGUUUACCUCUUUUAAUAGCAUAUUUAUUUGGACAUCAUAAUACUUACUAUCCAGACUAGUACUAUCAAUAAUAUUUUGUAGCAGUUGACUAAGCUCCUUCAAAGAAUUCUUCUUUAUCUGUGAACCAUUCACUUGACUCAUGACUGUUUCUAUAGGCAAGUCAAAUGAGUCCUGGAUAUUGUUGGUAACUGGCUCUAUAGAGAUUUCUUCCCUUUGA